CCCCAGCUCUUCGACUCCCGUCGGAGCUUCUUCCCCGCCUUCCGGACUCGCCCGCGCCGCCAGCAUGAAGAACACAUUGUGUGUUGUCAUCUUGGCAGUCGUCGCUUUCACUUCUGCAGAGGAGACCAAGAAGGACACCAAGAAGCAGGAAAAGAGAGGACUCCAUGGCCUAGGCUAUGGCGGUGGCUAUGGCGGCGGCUAUGGCGGCGGCUAUGGCGGCGGCUUUGGCGGUGGAUACGAGUUGUCCAGCUUCGGCGGCCACGGCCUCAGCAGCUUCGGAGGAGGCUCGAGUCUGGGCGGGCACGGCAUCAGCAGCUAUGGUGGAGGCUACGGCUUAGGCGGAGGCUACGGCCUGGGAGGAGGCAUCGGCGUGAGCGAAGGUCACGUGAAGGCAGUGACCAUCACCAAGUCUGUGCCCGUGGCAGUGCCCCACCCCGUGCCCUACACGGUCGAGAAGCCCGUGCCUUACCCCGUCAAGGUGCCCGUGCACGUGCCCGUGGACAGGCCCUACCCCGUUCACGUGCCCAAGCCGUACCCCGUGCCAGUUGAGAAGCCAGUCCCCUACCCGGUGGAGAAGCCCGUGCCCUACCCCGUCAAGGUGCCCGUGAAGGUUCCUGUGCCCCAGCCGUACCCCGUGCAUGUUCCCAAGCCAGUGGCUGUACCAGUGGCCAAGCCAUACGCCGUGCCUGUACCGCACCCUGUUGUGGUGGAGAAGAAAGUACCCAUCUAUGUGGAUAGCCACUCAGCGGGAGGUCUGGGUGGAGGAUAUGGUGGACUCGGCUCGUCAUCUUUUGGAGGUCUUGGCGGCCACGGAGGAUUCAGCAGCUUUGGAUCAUCCCACGAAGGCUUAUCUGGAGGCUAUGGUCUUGGAGGCCAUGGAGGAUUCGGCGGUGGUUACAGCAGCUUCGGGUCAUCUCUUGGAGGUUUGUCUGGAGGUUAUGGUCUUGGAGGCCAUGGGUCCUUUGGAGGAUACCAUCACGACUGAGUUUUCUUGGUGAGAAUUUGUAUCUUGUAACCUCAGAUUUCUGUUCCUACCUUUUUGUAUGUAUGUAACAAAAUUUAUGUUUGUUAUAAAAUGAAAUAACCAGAGUAAUAUAGACAAAUGUGUUAUUA